AUGGAGGUGACUAUACCUGAGAUGCUCACAGUCAUCGGAUCAGGAGGAGUGCUUGAUUGCUGCUUCUGGAGGGAUGACGACUGGCUGCUGGGAACCUCCUUCGGCUUCUACAAAUGCGGAUUUGUGGGAUACAGAACUCCUCCCUCCUCACAUUGCGAGACACGUGCAAAUUGGGGACUGGGCAAUUUUUCUUCAGCUCCAGCGCCUUCAGUUCCACAGCUUAAUUUGCUUCUCUUCCUCUCUUUCUUCUCUACACCGAUUCAUUUCCUCUACAUACUUUCUAAAACACUAGCAUUUCGAAAAAAAAAAUUCCCCACCCACCAAAGAAAGAUUCCCGUCUACUAA